AUGGCAUCUGAUUCACACAAUCUGUUUGUCUACACCAAUGAGGACAUUGAUAAAAUCCUGAGUGGACCGAUGGGGGAUGGAGAAUUUCUGAGUACACCUUCCAAAGUUGAUGUUAAACGCACCUAUGAGAUGGAGUCCAGGAGAUUGAUUUCGUUGACACUACACCUUUCCUUAUUGGGCCGAUACUAUCGACAGAAGAUGAUACCUCGGGGUCUAAGACCACAUCUGAGACCCAAUCUUUUCCCUAACAACACUGAUUUUUGCCGCAGAUUUGAGGGGCUGACCAAUAAAUACGCUAUGGACAUUAUGUUGCUUAACAUUGAGUUUCUUCAGCAAGAGAUUGAAGUAUCUGAGAGUCAUCUAGCAGAGCGUGAGAAUGAACUGAAGUCCAUACUGGAACCUGAAGAUUUAAAUCUAUAUCUGACCAAAACCAAAGGCAUAAUGGAUAAGUUUAAGUAUGAGCAGGAGGAGAAUAAACGACAGAAGUGGCAUCGAGACCAGGAUGAUUACAAGACUGGACACAUUUAUAACUGGCAGUGCACAGAUCUUCAGGAGAAAAGACAGCGUGGAGCCAAGACAUCACAACCCCCGAGGAAACAAAGAGACCCAAGAGACAAGGUUCAACAGCGUUUUUUAGGGGGUGGCCAGAACCUAACCACAGACGGAGGCGGAGAAGAGUCAGACGGGGUGGCAGGAGAUGGAUUAAACAACAAGAGGUCGACAACUACAAGGAGCAAUCGAGGGGCCAGGACUGCACCAAAGAUUUAGUGACACGUAACAUGAGAUCCGGUUGAAGAUGGGCGAGUCGGUCAACUGAGGCGUGGACUGCGAUCAUCCCCCAUUUCUUUGACCAACAGCCACCACUUUCUUGAACAACAGCCACCACUAUGAGUAUAAUCAGCUAUCACCACUUUGUGUAUAACCUCUUU